GAGUGAUUAUUAAUUUGACUAUAUAUUGUAUUAUAAUUUAUAAUUAUAUACUUGUUUUUACAUUAAAUGUAUAAUAUUUUAUAUUUAUUCUCUUAAAAUUGAAUUUGUAACCGUAUAAACUGAGUUAAUAAUUAAAUAAUGCUACACACCACUAAUUUUGUCUAUACAAAUAUUAUAAGUCAUGAGUGGAGAACAAUCCUCUGAAACCCAUAGUUCAGAACAAGAGGAUGAAUAUAGAACAGAUAUUGCUAAAAUCAGGCUGAUUGUUUGUUUUAUUGUAAUAGUUAUUUUUUUAACUAACAACCAAUUGAAUGUUUAUUCAAGACAUUUUCCAGGUGUAUUUCGGAUUUCACAGGUUAAUUCACAGUUUUAUACAAGUAAACUGUACACAUUUCGUACCCUCUUAACCAUUUUAGGAUCAUUGUUUAAAUUUGCUAUUUUUAAAAUCCCGGUAAAUAAUUCAAUUUUUUCACUAAUUUCACUACUUUUAAUUGUCGUUUGUAGAUUAGUUUUUGUAAUUUUACUUCAUUUCACAGAGGCUGCAUUCAUAAAAGCAUUCUAUUUGCUGCUUUAUGAAGCUUUUUUACUUGGAUUCUUUUAUAGCACACUCCUUACCAAUGUUUUUCAAUUCUCGUUAUAUAUUAUAAUAUGCACAGACGUUUCAAGUGCACUUGUUUUUUUCCUACAACUGGCCCUAAGUAUAUUUUCAGAUAAUAACCCUCUGCUGAUUAUUAAAAUACAAUCAUGGACAUCAUUAUUAUUAAGUAUUACAGGGUUUAUCCUUUGGUACCAUUUUCUAAAUGAUAUAUACACACCACAAUAUAAAAAACAUGAAAAAAGUGCCGGUGAAAUCAAUAAAAUUUUACUGGGAAUGGGAGGUUUGUCUCAAUUCAUAAAUGGUUUUUUAACUCAAAUUAACAAUGAGGUUGAAAGUUUAAAACAAAUUUCUAAUGCUAAACAAAAAGCAGUUUCAUUUUUAAAUAGUGUUAAAAAAUUUGUUACCGAGCUUUCGGAAACAAAGCACAGUACCAAUAAAGAUAUGAAAACAUCAAAUUAUCUAUUAAAUACAGAAAAAAACUUGGUGUUGUUGGAUGAAAUAGUGAGUAAAAUUGAAAAAAUAGUUUCCCUUGGGAAAUCUAAAAUACUCAAAAUUUUGUCUGAUGGAGAAAAUUUGUACGCUAGACUGAAUUCAGAAAACACAGUAUUAAAAGGCUUAAGAUUAAGAAAAUCAUUUUUUGAGGAAGUACAGACAGUUUCUGAAGCUGUAAAUGUCCAUUUUAACAGUUUAACUCAUGGUGCAAAUGUUGGUUGGAAUAUUUGUAAAGUAGUAGAGGAAUUAAAUAUUGUGAAAACAAUUGGAAAUCUCUACAACAUUCAGGAUGAAUUAAAAAUUCUAUGGGAACAAAUUUCAAGUUUCCAAACCAAACUGGAUUCAGUACACGAUUACAAAGAUUUACUUAAAACAGGAACCCCUAAAUUAACCAAAACUCUGCGUAUUCUAUCCUCUAUAUUAAAAAGUGUUAUGGAUGAAGAUGUCCAUGAGACGGGUUUCCUUGAACAAUCAUACAAUGACAUGAAAAAAGCGAUUGUAGAAAUAGAAGAGGGGCUUAAAGCGAUGUUCGAUGACUAUUUAUCAAAAAUAAAACCAAUAUCAACGAAAGAUGCAUCAGAAAUACUACUGACUUUAGAUUUAUUAUACGACUUAAAAAUUGAAUCAGUAAUCAAAGCUCUCGUCAAUUUAAACGAUUUAAUUAUUCAGAUUCAGGAUAUCCGGGACGAAUUAUUAUCUUUACUUGAAGAGAUUCAAAAAUUCAAGUUUAAUCUUCCAGUUAAUUCUCGAUACUUAUUCGAGCAGUGGAACAAGGGUCCUAACUCUAAUCAUGUUUUAUUAGAUUCAGACUCCAAAUACUACCAAAUCCAAGAUUUUCACAACUUUUAUUUACGUUUAAAAAAUACUAAAGUUUCAGAAUUAAUUGAAAAAUUUGAAAAAACCGUUGAAAAAUUGAGAGAAAGUCUACACGAGUGUUCUACUCUUAUUUCUAGCAAGCAGGUGGGUGUUGAGCGGUUCAUAGACGAUUACAAGGUAACAAUAGAGGCUUUAAAAGAGCUAAAUCUUGAUAAAAAUACUGAUAAAAUAACACUAAAUGAACACAAAAAUAAACUUCGUUCCUUAAUUAGAGAUAUCGUUAAGGCUAUUGAGACUGAGAAUGAGGGGGUUGAACCUGUUUUAGAAGAUUUGGUUAAGGAAACUUUAAAAGAAGUUGGUAUUUUAUUAAAGAAAAUAAACUUACUUGUUACAAAAAGAAACGAGGCUAGGAUAAAAAACUUACAAAGUUUACCUUUACUAGAAUUUCCAAGUGUUACCAUAGGGGUUGAAAAAGACAAUUGGAGCUUUUUGCUUUUGACAAUAUUUUUUAAUCUGGUAACUAUGUUUGUAGUAACUUCAUUCUUUCUUGAGUUUUUGUUUCCUAGGUUUAUCCCUUAUGCACUUCUGGAAACUGAUGUAUCUGCUAGGGUUAAUCUCUUUCUAAAUCCCUUCAAAGUUUCAGGUUCCAUAGCAUUAUUUAGUAUAAUUUACUUCAACGCAGAUUCUAUAAACUGGACCAUUCAAUACAAUUCAUAUUGGUUGCUAAUUAUUCCUCAGUUUUUAAUAUUUUUAUGGUCAUUAUUUGCAGUUCACACAAGAAUCCCAAUCUUCACCUUCAUAAGAAAUUCAACCUACUCAGUUGUCAUGAUUGGUGUAGUUUUGGUUAUUUGUAACAGCAUUAUGGAGGCCGUUAGUUUCGUCGCUUUGGCGGGUAACUUGCUUAUGUUGGAUGAAUCUUCAAAACUAUUGGAAAUCCAUUUUAUCUUAUCUGUAUUACUCCGGUAUUUAUACUCACGAUUCUCAAUCGGGUACAACAACGCAAGGAUUAGUAUGGGAUUGAUACCUCCUAGGUUUAUUCCUAAUAUCAUAGUUCAAAAUCCAGUAUUUUACUGGAUGAGAGAAACGUUUUGGCGAUCUUAUAGAAACGUAAUUACUGACCUGACUACAAAUUUAGUAGAUCUUGUCGACAAUCCAUGAGCUCAUAUUUCUAAUCUUUUAUUUUAUUCAAAAUUUAUACACACCUAAGUUAAAUUUCUCCAUUAUUUAGAAUCUCAAGUGAUAUUAUUAAAAUUUAAUGUUUACUUCAGGAAAACAAACUUACUAAAUGUCGUUAUUUGGGACGAAAUUUAAUUAUCUCACGAGACACAUCAGUAAAUGA